AUGACGACAGAAGUUCAGCAGGAUCUUUUUAGUGUUCCACAUAACGUCUCUCUAGAUCACUGUGCUGCCCAAGAUCUUGAGAUGACUAAAGGAAUCUCAUCUGUAUUCUAUAAGAAGUUCGGUCGUUUGGACGAGUUAACAAACCAGCAGCAUAAAGUUAAAAGAGUACUGAGAUUAGAAGAUGGUUUUCGAUCUUUGCUGUAUAUGGUGACCAGAAAGUCGUAUAUAGACAGGGCUAGCUACGAGGAUAUAUGGCGUGGUCUAACUAAUUUGAAAAAAGUCGUGUGCAAUUAUGACAUCAAGAAUUUGGCCUUACCCAAGAUAGGCCAUGCACUAGUUAAUCUGGAUUGA